AUGUACUUCUUCCUCAGCCACCUGUCUUUCAACGACAUCCUUCUCUCCACAACCAUUCAACCUGAAAUGCUCCAUAUUAUAUUGAGAGAAGGAAGCUCUAUUUCUCUGUCUGGAUGCUUAAUUCAGUUUUAUUUGUUUUCUGCAUGUGGGACCAAUGAGUUUUUCGUCCUCACCGUGAUGUCCUAUGACCGAUAUUUGGCCAUCUGUAACCCAUUGCGUUAUUCCUCCAUUAUCCACCUUAAACUUUGUGUUCUUCUUGCAUCUUCAUGUUGGGUUUGUGCAAUGCUUUUUGCUUUACCACAUACUAUCCUUUUACACCAGAUGACAUUUUGUGGGUCAAACAUAAUAAACCAUUUUUAUUGCGACCUUCUUCCACUUCUCAGACUUUCUUGUUCGCAAACAUUAAUUAUUGAACGAGUAAGUGCUGCCAACUCUAUCCCAAUAUUAUUUCUGCCAUUAAUCUUUAUCUUUGUAACUUAUAUAAACAUCAUCGCCGCCAUCCUCCGGAUCUCCACCUCAACUGGAAGACAAAAAGCCUUCUCCACCUGCAGCUCCCACCUGACCGUGGUCUGUAUGUAUUGUGGGACCAUGAUGUUUAAUUAUGUGAUUCCAUCUGAAGGACAAUACUCAGGGUUACAAAAAAUGGUUUCUGUUUGUUAUACUAUUGUGACCCCGCUGCUAAAUCCCCUUAUAUACACCCUAAGGAACGAAGAGAUUAAGGCAACACUAGCAAAUCUUAUCUUUAAAAAAAAUCUAUAA